GCGGCGGCGGCGGCGGCUGCUGGUCUGAGCCUGGCUGAGCGCGGGCCGGGGAUGCGCGCGGGCGGCGCAUCGCGCCGGUGAGAGCCGCGGCCGCCGGGUGGGCCCCGCCGCGGGGGGCGCUGCGCCGUGACAGCAGCACCAUGAGCAGCCCGGACGCCGCGGCCGGCUACCUGCUCUGCACCAACUGCCGCAAAGUGCUGCGCAAGGAUGCGCGGAUUCGAGUGUCUCCACCCUUAACUAGAGGACCUAGUGCCUUCAUUCCGGAGAAGGAGGUCAUCCCUGCACACCCCGCAGACGAGCGCACCAGCUUCCUGGUGGAGGAGUACUCGACCUCCGGCCGCCUGGACAACAUCACGCAAGUCAUGGGCCUGCACACGCAGUACCUGGAGUCCUUCCUGCGGAGCCAGUUCUACCUGCUGCGCAUGGACGGGCCCCUGCCGCUGCCACAGCGCCACUACAUCGCCAUCAUGGCUGCGGCGCGCCACCGGUGCUCUUACCUGAUCAACAUGCACGUGGAUGAGUUUCUCAAGACGGGCGGCAGCGCCCAGUGGCUGGACGGGCUGGAGUAUGCACCGCAGAGGCUGCGCAACCUCAGUGAGGUCAACAAGCUACUGGCACACCGGCCCUGGCUGCUCAGCAAGGAUCACAUCCAGAACCUCGUCAGGACAGGGGAGAACAACUGGUCCCUGCCGGAGCUGGUCCACGCCGUGGUCCUGCUGGCCCACUACCACGCCCUGGCCAGCUUUGUCUUCGGCAGUGGCAUCAACCCCGAGCAGGACCCUGAGAUCACCAACGGCUUCCGGCUCAUCUCCGUGAACAGCUUCUGCGACUGCGACCUGGCGAACGACAACAGCAUCGAGAACGCCUCUCUGAGCGGCACCAACUUUGGGCUCGCAGACUCCCUCGGGGAGCUGGAGGCCUUGGUGGAGAGGAUGAAGAGGCUGCAGGAGCAGCGGACAGAGGACCCGGUCUCGCAGGCUGACAGAAAUGCUCGUUUCGAGCAAGAGCAGGAGGAGGACCUGUUCAUGGCCUCGGAAGACACUUUCCACUCGUUCCCUCCUUCCGACUUUGAAGAGGAUGCGGCCAUCUCUGCUGGCAUCUCCCAGUACGUUGACGACCCCGGCUUUGGGUACGAGGACUUCGCCAGGCACGGGGAAGAGCAUUUGCCAACGUUCCGCGCCCAGGAUUACACGUGGGAGAUCCACGGCUUUUCCCUGGUGAACAGACUCUACUCGGACAUGGGCCACCUGCUGGACGAGAAGUUCCGCAUGGCCUCCAGCCUCACCUACAGCAGCAUGGCCACGCGCGAGGGCGUGGACACCAGCACCCUGCGCCGGGCCCUGUUCAACUACGUCCACUGCAUGUUCGGGAUCAGGUACGAUGACUAUGACUACGGGGAAGUGAACCAGCUUCUGGAGCGGAGCCUAAAGGUCUACAUCAAGACAGUAGCCUGCUACCCCGAGAGAACCACCAAGCGCAUGUACGACAGCUACUGGCGCCAGUUCAGGCACUCGGAGAAGGUGCAUGUGAACCUGCUCCUCAUGGAGGCCCGGAUGCAGGCUGAGCUACUCUAUGCCCUCCGAGCCAUCACUCGGUACCUGACUUGAAGGCCCCGACCCCACAUGGAGGCGCAGGACCACCUUUCCCAGGACUGGGCGGCAGCAGCUGUGUGUGCCGGGCCACGUGCCCCUGUGGCUGUGAAGUGCAAUGGUGUGUCCGACCCUCCCUGACACUCCUGGC